AGAAACACAUACAUAUGUUAUACGUUUGAUUUUUCGAAACGUAUAAUCGUCCGCGCUCACAUUAAUUCAAUCAUGUGAACUAUUUAUAUGUACAUGUACAAAAGCGAACGUAAUAAGAGUAAAAGAAUUCGCGUUAUCUUUUAUUAGCCAUCGCUUAUUAAUUAGGCUUUGAUAUUUUGCUCUCGUAAGGAAAAAUAACGAUUAUGUUGUAUAUAUGUUAUUUGUGUAUGCCUAUUAUGUAGUAUGUUAUACAUAUCGUAAAUUUGGUUUCGACACGUGAUCGACAAUAAAAUUCCUUUCACGUGUGAUGUACGUACUACGUGUACAUCGUCAUGUCCGACAAACAACACGCGUUUCCAUCAUUCCAUUUUCCCGAAUAAUUUCGACGUUCCGAUCCGCGUAGGUGUUGCUAGGUAGCCGACGACGACACGUAUCGAUUAUCCGCAUCUAACACGUGCGAUAAACGGGGUGUACGCCGCGGGGUAAAACUUUCGAACGCUGUUGAUUGUUGAAGGUGGAGGUGGUUCGCGUCUCUUGAAGAACUAAUUAAGAAGUUAGAAUAUGUCGAACGCGACGUACGACGAGCUUUGGAGAAGGGCCCAAAUGUCGCUCGCUGAGACGAUUCAGGCGGACACGGUGCUUCAGGGGGCGAAGCCGCAAAAGGAUCGUAAAAAGGCGCACGACGUCGUCGCGGCGUUGUACGUGAGAUAUAUCCUAACGUGUAACAAACUCGAGGAAUGCUACGAUCAAGUGAUACAGCCUCAGAAGCGGCUGCUGAUGAAGAAAUUGUUGAACGCAACUCUGGGCAGAGUAUUGGAGUUGAAGCACGAACUGGUCAAUAAUAUCGAUCUCUCGGAGCACAGCUAUUACGACGACGUGCUGAUCGAGUGCGGCGUGACGCCGCAGGAGGCCGAGAUCCGGAUACCGAGCUACUACAAACGCGAUCGAAUCGCGGAGAUCGAAGAGAGACGGAAAUUCGUAGAGGACACGCUCCGAAAUCUGGGCGCGCUUCACGAGAUCGUUGUGCCCAGACAGAUUACCGAGUCCCAGGCUGUACGACUUAUUCAGGCUCAUGAACGAGCGAGACAAGGUAGACUGCGGUUUCAAUUUAUGAAAGAAGUUCGCGAAAUGAAAGAAAGAUCGACUACCAAGCCAGAAAUGGAAGAAAAGGAUGAAGCGAGCGAGAAGCUCGCGGCACUGAAAAUUCAAAAGGUGUGGAAAGGAUAUAUCACUAGAUGUUACAUUCGCAAGAGGCGCCUCGAGGAGAUGUUACUUAUAGGAAUGCUACAGCCUAGUCAAGUGAUCACGAAGAGUGCCAGGCAAGCGGAAAGACUGAAACAGCAGAGAUACGAAAAGCAGGUGGAUUUUCAACGACAAUACGAGGACUUGAUUCUGGAGGCUGCGGAGAGAAUUCGCAAAGAGAAAAGCGCUAUUAUGGAGGAAAAUAUAAGGAGUGAAAUCCGAACGUGGAUCGACACUUAUUUUCAACAAACUGGAAAAAUACCUGACUUACCAUCCACCGAAAGCGGAGGUUCGCGUAUGAUUUUCAGUAGACAGGGAACCGAGAGUACCGUGAGUAAGUCUACGGCGGUAUCGUCGAAGGAAUCAAAGAAAUCGAAACGCUCAAAAUCGAAGAAAGACAGCGAAACGGAGCAGUCGGAGGACGAGACGGAUUUAGGAUUCAAACCUGUUCCUUCUAACUUUCUGCCGGAAUUGAUUCACGCGAAUCAAGAGUAUCAGAACGUUUGGAAGGACAAGGAUGAAUCCGCGAACUCGAUGCAAUUGCCUUAUCGCGAUAUAAUAGAAGCGGAGAAAACGAAGGAAAUCGAGGACCAGAUCAGAGUAGUUGUGGAUCAGGCGAUGAGAGGCGAUAUAGAGGCUCUUCAGCUUGCGUUAGAUAGAGACAAAGGUUUCAAAGGGAAACGCGCCAAGAAACCUCAGAAGCGAGUUCGCAGGAGCGGAAAGAAAAAUAAAAAGAAGAAGGAGAAAGAUCUAACACCCGAUAGAACGACCGAAUCUCUUUUCGAGGAGCUUCUCACACAAGGAAUUAUUAAGCUUCACCGUCAAGUUUCGCUAGACGAGUUCAAGGGUGAAAAGUCUUUCGCUAAUCACGAUCUUCGUAUGAAGGAGAAAGAUCCUCUUCCGACACUCGGCGACAUAAGGCACGUGGUCGCCGAAUACUGUAUACUUCCGGUAGGCAAUCAAGUCCUCAGAGAACUCACACCUCUCGUGAGAUCAGUUCUGAUAGCUGGUCCGCACGGCAGCGGCAAAAAACUCUUGGUGAACGCGAUUUGUACGGAACUUGGAGCUACGCUUUUUGACAUUACGCCGGCGAAUAUCGCUGGCAAGUAUCCUGGCAAGUCGGGUUUGAUUAUGCUCGUUCAUCUGAUCUCGAAGGUAUCGCGAUUACUGCAGCCGUCAGUAAUCUUCAUGGACGACGCGGAAAAGCCGUUUGUGAAGAAAGUAGCGAAAACAGAUAAGACCGAUCCGAAACGUUUGAGAAAAGAUUUACCAAAACUGGUGAAGAAUAUCACGGGUGAAGACAGAGUUUUGUUUAUCGGGACAUCUACGAAGCCUUGGGAUGGUGAUCCAAAGCUCUUAUAUCAGACUUACGACAAAGUCAUAUAUAUUCCUAGACCGGAUUACGGCACCGUGUCUUUUAUAUGGAAAGAUUUGUUGUACAAAUAUUCGGGCAUUAGUCGACAAUUUGAUACGUCAGCAAUGGCCAAAGCGUGCGACGGUUUCACGAUAGGAACUAUUUUAGCAGCGAUCAAUGAGAUAAUGACUACAAAGCGUAUGGUACAAUUACGAACUCAUCCUUUGACGCACGUGGAAUUGGUGAAUGCGUUGAGUUUCAAGGAUCCAGUGUAUCGCGAAGAGGAAGAUGCGUUUCUAGCCUGGUUUUCCAAAACGCCAACGUGUCGACGGAAGCAAAGAGCUUUGGAGUUGGAACUAGAAAAGUUGAACGAAGCAAACGAGUCGCAGAAAAAGAAAAAAGGAGGGAAAUAAUGGAUACGGUAUAAAGCUCUCCCAUGUAAAAGAAUCUACAUGUAUUUUAUACGAUAUAUUAUCGAUUAUAGCCUUAAAGAACGUCAUAAUACAUACGAAAAGUCAGUGAGGUAAUAGGAAUAAAUAAAGAAUUUCAGCAUGC